AUGCGUGAAGUGAUCUCUAUCCAUGUGGGACAAGCAGGUGUACAGAUUGGUAAUGCUUGUUGGGAACUGUACUGCCUCGAACAUGGAAUACAGCCAGAUGGUCGCAUGCCUUCAGACAAACAAACACAGGAUGACACGUCCUUCUCCACGUUCUUUUCUGAAACCGGAGCUGGUCGUCACGUACCUCGCGCCGUGAUGGUUGACUUGGAGCCGACCGUGAUCGAUGAAAUUCGCACUGGAACGUACAAGCAGCUAUUUCAUCCUGAGCAGUUGAUAACAGGGAAAGAAGACGCCGCUAACAACUAUGCAAGGGGUCACUACACGAUUGGAAAAGAAAUCAUCGACUUAGUUCUCGACAGAGUUCGGCGUUUGUCUGACAAUUGCUCUGGGCUGCAAGGCUUUCUCAUUUUCCACUCAUUCGGUGGCGGAACUGGAUCUGGUUUCACAUCUCUUUUAAUGGAACGACUGUCGGUUGAUUACGGAAAGAAGAGCAAACUGGAGUUCUCCAUUUACCCUGCUCCACAGGUCUCAACAGCCGUAGUGGAGCCCUAUAACUCUAUACUUACAACACAUACCACAUUGGAGCACUCCGACUGUGCUUUCAUGGUUGAUAACGAAGCAAUUUAUGACAUUUGUCGCCGUAAUUUGGACGUUGAGCGCCCAAGCUACACGAAUCUCAAUCGUCUUAUCUCGCAGGUGGUAUCAUCUAUAACAGCUUCGCUGAGGUUCGAUGGAGCCUUGAAUGUAGACCUAACAGAGUUUCAAACGAAUCUCGUCCCUUACCCGCGUAUUCAUUUUCCUUUGGCUACAUAUUCGCCCGUCAUAUCUGCUGAAAAGGCUUACCACGAAGCUUUGUCUGUGAGUGACAUAACAAACAUGUGUUUCGAACCAGCAAACCAAAUGGUCAAAUGUGAUCCUCGCCACGGGAAGUACAUGGCUGUUUGCUUAUUAUAUAGAGGAGACGUUGUUCCAAAAGAUGUGAACGCAUCGAUCGCCGCAAUCAAAACCAAACGCUCCAUCCAGUUUGUUGACUGGUGCCCCACUGGUUUUAAAGUGGGAAUUAAUUAUCAACCACCUACUGUCGUUCCUGGUGGAGAUCUUGCUAAAGUUCCACGUGCAGUAUGCAUGCUCUCUAACACGACAGCUAUAGCAGAAGCUUGGGCACGUUUGGAUCGAAAGUUUGACCUUAUGUAUGCUAAGCGAGCUUUUGUGCAUUGGUAUGUUGGAGAGGGUAUGGAGGAGGGUGAGUUCAGUGAAGCUCGUGAAGAUCUGGCAGCGCUCGAGAAGGACUAUGAGGAAGUUGGUAUCGAUUCCAUUGAGGGAGAUGGCGGAGAAGAUGGGGAGGAAUACUAA